AUGUGUUGUGUUGUGCCUCACGUCAUAGAGUUAACAAAUCUAACAAACAAUUCAGUCAUCAAUCACGAAUUUCUUCUCAUCAAAGGCAAAUUAAGUAAGACAUGUUCCCCCGACAAACAAAUCCAAUUGAAAUCAUCUCGCAAUGGUCAUCAUAAGUUAGUAAGUCAGGAAUCUAGAGUUUCUGUGGCAAAUGGUGAAUUUAAAAUACUCUAUCGCUUUCAAGCGUGUGGUGAGGCAACGGGAGCAAUGAAGGUGACAGAGGAAUUCAUUGUUUCCUAUUGCAGUGCGUCUAUUAAAUUCAAAUGCCAUUACCGACCACAAGAGAAUCCCUACAAAAUCCAGCCAUUCUAUAUUAUUUGUAAGGGUCAUGAUGGUUCAUUUAACUCGACGACCGCGGAGAGUUCUGGUAGGAGGGUCGGUGGCGGUGGCGGUAGCUUUGGUGGUGGUGGGGGUGUUGGUAGUGGUAAUGGUAGUGGCAGUGCAUCGGAAGCUUGUGCAAUUAUUGAUUUAAAUAUGAAAUUGCUGCAAUGCUUGUAUGCGGAAAAGUUGAACGAGUCGGGUUUUGGGAGGCGAACGUUUGUCCUGAAAUCACGGUGUCAGAUAUUUAAAAGUAAUUUAGACGUUGAGGAGGCCCUCAAGUUAUCCCAGGAGGAAUUGUGGAAUAAAUUCGCAUAUGAGAUUAUAAAUUCUGAGCACGGAAAUGAUCCAAAAGUAAAGUUCGUCGCGUUCAUCGGUUGCACCAAAUACGAACCCAUAACCGAUGGGGACUUCUCCUACGAAAACAUUAAGCGACACAUAAAAGGCAAUGCUGCUCUGGGUGGUGGAGGUUUGGCCCUUUUUGGUUCGGGGUUCUUCUACUCGUGGCCCAGUAAGUUCGAAGACAUAAUCGAUUGCUUUGAGAACAACGAAAAAGUUGAUUUGGAACGAUUUGCUGACGAUAGCAACUACAGACGAACCUACUCUGGUGUCUAUGCGACAAGCUUAGGAGCUGUGUGUCAUGAAAUUGGGCACAUUUUCGAUCUUGGCCAUACCAACGAUGGUGUGAUGGGCAAUGGUUUCGACUACCUUAAUCGAGUUUUCACAAUCGACAAGUUAACCGAGAGUUUGCCCGAUAGAAUAAUUGGACCUCAAACACAGCCGACGGAUGUGCCAUCUGUGAGAUUCACCAAAAUCAAAAGAGACCAAAAUCGCUUCCUGGAAAAGUAUCACGAGCAGAAAAGCGGUGGUGACUCGUUUUUCUUCACCCGAAAUUGUGCCAUCAUAUUGGCCUACAACCGCUGGUUGAGAAAUGAUUGCAAGGACGACAUGAAAAACGCUCGCAUAACUCAGGAAAAAGAUAAUCUCUUGGUUAUGGCAAGUAGUCCUUUAAAGUUAAUAGAAAUUCGCUGCACAGCCGAUAGCCUUGUUAGCGAUUAUUUUGAAUUUGCCAAAGAAAAAUUCACGUAUGAAUUUGCUCUUCCAAAGGACAUUGAUUACACAAAGCAUCAUGUGUUUGCCAUUUGUAUUGAUGGCACAACUAAACGUUUAGAUUUUGAUUCUUAAGCCAAAGA